AUGCUCAUGCCACUGGACUUUGUUACGCACAUUUUAGUACUCAGUAAAAAAAAUAUUGCUUUCAUGCGUAUUACUCUCUGCAUUCCGGAAGACUAUUCGUACGUUGAUGAUCACUAUUUCCUAGCGACGAUGAACGUACAAAUCGUUUCGUUGUGCUCGCAUUCGAAGGACCAGCCACUGGAUGCAAGAAGAUUGUUGGGACAUGAAUCUCUUCCCUUAAUUUCCAUUAUACGCAAGGGAUCGCCGCUUUUGAGAUGUCACGGCUACGGCAUUAUACGGGCCAUUGAUUUGGAAAAGAACUUGUUCUAUCUAAUAACGCCUACUCCUUCAUCAGAACUUUCGAAAGUUACCAUAUUCGCUAGAGGAACUGAUAUUAUGGUGCCUCAGAUGCUUUUAGAAUCUCAGCCGGCUGGUAAUGUUCCGUAUCUCUCGCGCCCUGCACUAGCAGCGAAGUCUGGGAUUAUUUCCGAUCUUUACAAUGGACUGAAAAACGUUAAAACUGGUAGGCGAGAAUACUUCCCAGCAACAUCUUAG